CCAUUAGUUCUAAAGCUGCAGUCGAACAUGAGUGAGGACAUUUGCAACAAAGUGCUCCGAACGCCAGUGGUCACCGGCUGGAAACAGGCAAACCUAGCAGCUGAGGGACGAGAAGAGAGGCAAGCCCAGGGGAGGGGAGGGAAUGGAACGGAAGGAAAGAAGAGAGAAGAGACAGGAGGAGAAGAGAAGAAGAGUGCGAAUAGAACUGUGACAGGUGUCAGCAAUAGUGCACAAUCCGCAGCGGAGCACGAUCCGCAGCCGUUGCGCGCCCUGCCCACUCCGCAUGAAUGUCGCAGCUUCACAUGCAGGCACGACCCGCAUCUUCAGACGCCCUCGCUCCUGGGCGCUUGUAUCGACUCCGACUGCUCGGUCGCAAGGCCCAUCUCUUCACUGUAUUCUCAGUCGCUGCCGAUUGCAUAUUCAAGCUAAUCGUGGGGGCAUUGGUUAUUCGUGCACUCGAUGCUAUUGACGGACCUGUGCCCCCCUCCCACAAUAAGUCCGCUUGACUUUCCCCCGCCACUUGCUUUUCUAAGGCCUGAACCGCGCCGUCAAUAGAAUCCACCCCUGAACAUAUUAACUCCGAAAUGGGGUCGGGGUGCGAUCUCUUAACUCGGGGCAUUUGUGUAUAUACCUCCCAAUAAACGUGGAAAUGCGGCGGACGGGUUCUUGGAAUUUCCGCUCGAGAGAUUUAUUUUCUUCUCUCGAGGGGAUUCUUAUAUUCAAACGCAGCGGGGAUAAUUCGAGGGUCUGAAGGGAGGGCAAUCCACGGCAAGUGGGCCAAAUUUUGGUGCCCCUCAGGAACCGGAUUACGGCGUGCUUGUCUCAGUAGAGCUGAAGCUUGCAGGCUUCCAGGCCGACGUAAGGGAUCUGGAACCGCAAGGCGUGAGCAGAGUAAGUGCGCGAGAUGCAUGAGAUUCUCGAAGAUUCAAGUGAAGCUGCUCCCCGCGGGCUACUACAACGCUUGGUUACUGGACCAACGCAGCCGCUCGGAGUGGAAAUUGGACAAUGCAACUGGGAACGGGUUGAGCUACGAAGGGAUAACGGAAAGCCGAGUUCAUGUGGAGAUGAGAUGAGCCCCCGCCCGCCCUCGCAGCACAUGGUGCUUUGAGCUCGCCCUCGAGCAGCUGAUUAUGCUGCCACGCCUCCGGGCAGUUAAUAGCUCGCGCACUGUAGGACUAGAUGAUGACGUGCGUCCGAUCGUGUUCCGGGUUCAUUCUCUCGGCCUCCCUCACUGUGACAGUCACUCCCCGAGACUGACCGACCGAGUCCUGGCUCGCUGCUGCUCCCCCCUCCCCUCCCCUCGCCUCGUCUUGCCUUCCCUUCCUUCUCUUGCUCGGACGACGGAUGUGAAAAUUCCACAUUCUGUCUACCGCUGACAGUUUGCUGCGAGCGCUGCGAUUCUUCUGCUGCUGCUUGGAUUCGUGGCCAACUUGCGCUCUGGGCCGUGGUAGUCCAUUAUGUAGCCCUGCAAGGGCUGCCACUGAAGAAAAUCUCGAUGAGCUGAGGAGCGAUGCCCAGGCAUGGCGUGGAGUAGACGAACCCAGCGCGUGAUCACCGUGACUUCGCAGCAGUAACAAGAGUAUCAGAGGACGAUGAGUCAAGCGCUGCCGAGAUGUAGGGCGCUUGUGUGCGCGUUGGUUCUGCUCGGUGGUCUUGCAGUAGCGGUCUCUGCCGUCGACGGCGCUUGCGACACCAGCUUCGGCCUGACCAGCUUCUCCUACAACAACAUCCACUUCAUCUCGCACUCAUGGCUCGACGCCGACUCGCACAUCCGCAUGGCCCCCGGCGGAAGGCCUCCGAAUGCGUCCGAGGUAGCGCCGCCCCAGAACGCCCUGGGCCAGGCGCAGGCCAUGCACAAGGAGACUGUGACGCUCGUGGAUCCCCAGUCCAAGAUCGCCGUGUCCUUCAGCACUUCGUUCGCCUUCACCAUGACGACCGGCCGGAAGAGCACGUCGGCCGGGGACGGCAUCGCCUUCAUCGUCGUGCCGGUCGAGGAGGCCGUUGAGACCAUCCCGGGCGGGCACGAGGUCACGGGGCCGAACUACGACGUGAUCUCGAGCGCGCAGUGGAACCUGCUGGCCGUGCAGCUGCACAAGCUGGACACGAAGAGCGAUUUGCAGCUCGGCGGCGACCGGACCAACUUCUCGGGCAGUAGCACGGCCUCGACCAACGUCGACGACCUGCUGACGGACGGGGCCGUGGCCGUGGCCUGGAUAGACUUCGACGCGCGCACGUCGCAGCUGCAGGUGCGCGUGAGCAACACCACCACCAGGCCCGUGGCGCCGGUGGUGGACCGGAAGCUGGACCUGGCCGGAGUGUUCCUCGAGAAGAUGUUCAUCGGGUUCUCGACGCCCGUCUGGGUGACGGUCCACUGGUGGAAUUUCACGUCCAGCUGCUUGGGCAGCCAGCUCCCCAAGGACAUCUCCACCAGCACGCAGAGCAGCAGCACCACAUUCUUCCCCUUCACCAUGCUCAACGACACCAAGGCCGACGAUCCCAGCGGCAAGGAGCUCAUCAUCCUGGUCGCCUCCGUGCUCGCUGGCGCCCUGCUGCUGCUGCUGCUGCUCUGCUACGUCCUGGUCAAGAUCUGCCGCAUCGUCAAGGCCCGCCGAAGGCUCGUUCGCGGCCCCGUCCAUGGGGCCGAUCAGGGGCCUCGUAUUUUCGCCUACAAGGAUCUGAGCCUGGCCACGCAGGGCUUCAAUUCCAACGCCCUGCUCGGCCGGGGAGGCUUCGGGAGCGUGUACAAGGGCACGCUCGAAGGAGGAACGCCCGUGGCCGUGAAGCGGAUCGAGCCCAACAACGCAAAGAAUGGCGAGAGGCAGUUCAUCGCCGAGGUGGCCAGCAUUGGCCGCCUCCGGCACCGCAAUCUGGUGCAGCUCCAGGGCUGGUGCCACGAGAAGGGCGAGCUGCUGCUGGUGUACGACUUCAUGCCCAACGGGAGCUUGGACCGGCUGCUGUUCGGCAAACAGAGGGCCGUGUUCCCGUGGGAGAGCAGAUUCAACAUCGUCCAGGGCGUGGCCUCGGCCUUGGCCUACCUGCACGUGGGCUGGGAGAAGCAGGUCGUGCACAGGGACGUCAAAGCCUCCAAUGUGCUCCUGGAUCACAAUUACCAACCGCGGCUCGGGGAUUUUGGCCUCGCCCGGAUGGUGGACCACAACAAAGCUCCGCUGAGCACGACCGUGGCUGGCACCUACGGGUACUUGGCCCCCGAGAUUGCGUACACGGGGAAGGCCACGGACAAGACCGAUGUGUUUAGCUUCGGUGCCCUGGCCCUGGAGGUGGCCUGCGGCAGGCGGCCGAUCGAGAGGAAGCUGCCGCCCGACGAAAUUAACCUGGUGGAUUGGGUGUGGGGGCUGCACAGCAAGGGCGAACUUCUGAAUGCCGUGGACUCGAGGCUGCAGAGGGGCACUUUCGACACCAUUCAGGUGGCCACCGUGCUGUCCGUGGGGCUGCUUUGCUCGCACCCCGAUCCCACCACCAGGCCUCACAUGCGCCAAGUGGUGCAGAUCCUCCGAGGAGACUUCGGUUGCCCGCCCGUCCCCGCCACCAAACCCAUUGUAAUUCACCAACCACAACAAUCACUUCACGAUCCGAGAGGCCCGUCUCUGACCAAUAACAAGUCUCGAGUUGCAGAUUCCAGCUCCUCCCUUCUUAAUUCCGGCAGAUCUGUGUCGACGACAGAUUCUAGCACGAGCACAAGCUCGCAGUCCCCGCUCCAUCAGGGCCCCAGUUCGCACCUGCCCACUCAAGAUAACUCUCGGUAGAGAUUACCGAAACUUCUGUUUUCUUUAGUUGUAUCUGUUCGACUGUCUGUCAGUGACAGUGAAGAUAACUUCCUUUCUUGCGAGAGUAAGCGGCGGCAAACAUCAAGCCAAGCUUGAACAUUGCAGCCGUUCGUUGUAGGAUAGUAGGUCAGUCCCAGUCAUCAUCAUGUGGAAACUCUAUAACUCCAACUGUGUAGUACUACAUACUCAGAAUUUUGAAAAGAAUCGAUCUCUUCUGAUUGUAUUCACCUUUAGUGUUGUACAUAUAUUUGCAUCUCCGAUAGCAGCGUAAUCUUCUAACG